ACAGAAUAUUGUACAAUACUCCCGCCCCGUAAGCCAACCACAGCAAUUCGUGAAAUGUUUGUAGCGGCAGCAAGUAGUCGAGGAAGUACAUGACCUUCUAAGGCCAUAACCAUGGUGAGGAGACUCCCUCACCUCACCUAUCCAAAACCUAUCUGAACGCAGAAUGUUUGCGGUACGACGGGUGCUGCUGGCCCCCCGUCUCUCCUCUCCUCCCAUCCGCCUCCCCCCAUCACGGGUCGGUACGACGAGGUGGGCAUUCGAUUCAUUUUCGCCGCAGCCAACCCCCCGCCUCUGGUCCGGCCUCCAGAGCUGGCGCGAGGCCCCAGCCAACGAGCGCCGCACCUGGGGCCCCGACGGCCCCUGCCAACCCACCGACCUCACCCGCCUCGACGACGACCCGACCGCCUCCGCCGCCUCCCUCGCCGAGUGCGCCGCCCUCGUCCUCUCCACCCCCGACCCCCUCGCCAAGUCGAGUCUCUCCCACCUCGCCUACUCCCGGUGGCGCCUUCAUGGCCUCCCCGUUGGAGUCGCUCGGCCGCCCGACCGUCCCGCCCGGCCGGAUAGGCCUAUUUUGGUCUCGCCGAAGGAGAUACCUGCGCAUAAGAGCUUGGGCCUGCCGCUCAAUUCUUAUAUGCUCCACAAUCUGGCGCAUGUGGAGCUGAACGCGAUAGACUUGGCGUGGGACACGGUGGCGCGUUUCUCCCCCUUCCAUGAGGCCCUAGGGGACGAGUUCUUCUCUGACUUUGCUCGGGUGGCCGAUGACGAGAGCCGGCACUUCGCGUGGUGCUCGCAGAGGCUAGCUGAGCUUGGCUUCAGCUAUGGGGAUAUGCCUGCUCAUAAUCUUCUGUGGAGGGAGUGUGAGAAAUCCUCUGGAGAUGUUGCUGCACGCUUGGCAGUGAUCCCUUUAGUGCAGGAGGCUAGAGGCCUUGAUGCUGGACCUAGGCUGGUGCAGAAGUUGGUCGGUUUUGGGGAUCACAGAACAUCUAACAUUGUGGCAAAGAUUGCCGAGGAAGAAGUUGCACAUGUUGCAGUUGGUGUGUACUGGUUCAACCUAGUCUGUCAGAAGAUGGGUCGAAUUCCUUGUGCUGCUUUUAAAGACUUGUUGAAGGAGUAUAAUGUGGAGUUGAAGGGCCCAUUCAACUAUUCAGCUCGGGAUGAAGCUGGAAUUCCACGUGACUGGUAUGGUGGUACACCUAAAUGGGGGGCCAAGAGUGAUCUUUCCGAGGUUCAUGAUAGGCUGGCCAGCAUCAUUGCCAUGGAGAGAGAGAACUCAAGUUUGAAUGGCUAGUCUUUUCUCCAUUCAUGACUUGUGAAAGCGUCAUCCAAUGAGUUACCAUCCUGAUGUACAAAAAAAAUAUGGGUUACCAUCCUGCAAAAAGUUUGCCUCUCCACCAGUUUGAUAUUCUGUGCAAAUCAAGAUAGAAGUCAUUCCUGUGGCAACACUUGCUUGUGCAAAAUUUACACUUCAAUAUGGGUAGUGUUUUAAGUGCAUAAAAGAUCUUUGGAUAGGAAUUCUAUGAAUUCUCAUUCCAUCCAGUAGCAUAGAGGAUUGCAUCCCUACUGUCUCUUCUGUGGCUAGGGAAAAGACAUCUCACUGCCAAAAACAGGUGAAUUAAUUUCAGAUGGAGAGCAGGCUUAGAAAUGGUCUCCACAGCUGACUGUAAUUUUAGACUCUCUGUACCUCUGGUAUGUGAGAACCUCAUUUAGGUAGAUGUGAUGCAUUGGGGUGGUUGCCAAUUCAUGUUUUUCUUGAUGAGGGUUGGUCUCAACUUUCAGCAUGCUAUCAUUGUGAUGCAUAUGGUCUUCCUCAGGCUUUUAACAAGAAAUCCUCUCUUUUUUCCC